AUUUGUUUUUGUUGUGCUUAAUUUUAUGGAAUUUGUUAUUUAGCUUUCAAAAUUUUGCCUUUUUAGGUCAAUGAACCUUGCCACUUGGAAUUACAAUGCUACAGGACACCUAUUUACCUUGGUAGUAGAUACCUGAAGUACUCAAGAAAUGUGAAUCAAACAUGCUGGAUAAUUGAUGAAGAAAGGCUGGGAGAAGCAUCUGUUGAGGAGAUAAUAGGUAGCAAUAUUCUUCCAAUGCAUAAAGGUGAUAAUUACAAGUUUCAUGCUGCUGGCAGAGAAGAUAUUGAUGUUUGAAUGUUGGGUUCAGGGCGGCCUUUCCUAGUUGAGAUACAAAAUGCACGCCAAAUCCCAUCAGAGGCAAUUGUAAAAGAAAUUGAAGCAAGGAUAAAUGGCUUGGAAAAUAAAUUAGUCAGAGUUAAAAAUCUUAAAGUAGUGGGCAGUGAGGGCCGGACAAUGAUGCGUGAAGGAGAAUCAGAGAAGCAGGCAGGAACAUAUAUCAAGGAAUUUGUUCAUGGGGAUCUCGGGCGGACUCACCCAAGCGUUGGAUCAAUCCUAGGAUGCAGAGCAGAGAUACUGCAACUUGAUGUUACAGACGUUAAAAUGGACUGUUUUCUAAUUGGGUGAGGCAAUACGCAUUCCAAUAUAGUUUUUCAUGUAUUUGAACCAUAGUUUUGUCCUUUCAUCUUAAUUAAAUACUUACUGCAAUUUUGGGGUAAAGCUAGGAGCCCCAAUUCAUAGAGAAUAAUUGAAGUCCCUACAAUAAUUUUCUUUGUUUGACAAUGCGCUUAAAAGAUCUCAAGUGUGUCUAAUUUAAAAUGCGAAGAAAACCUAAAAUGCUGUUCAUCGGGAAUUUAUGUGAAUUGUGAACAGAAAAUUCUUGGGAUGGGCUCCCUAGAGUGGAAAACCUAAAUAACAUAAAGAUAAGAAAAUGACUUCCGUAACUGGAAGUGCGACUUCUAGCAAGCUGCUUGUGACCAUGGAUCAGUCCAUCAGAAAAUCAUAACAGCUAUUCGAUCCAAGAUGCGUCUGAUACCAUGGCCAUGAAACUAUAUCGAUCCGCAGCUUCAUCAAUCUGCGGC